AUGGCGACCGAAGUAUCACGACUUCUUGUGCUCGGCCCCGAUCAGGACAGCAAUGUGGCAGUGACAUCCAAAUUACAAGUUUUAAGUACUGCAUCGAGUACUUAUAGUCUUCAGGACAUCCCGGUGUUGAACAUUCGGACGAAAUACUAUCGAGCGCCUGUGCAGCUGCAUUUGCACCUUGUGCGUGACAACACACCGGAGCCCGUACUGCAGCACGAACUGCAUGAUUAUGAGGCAGUCAUGUGUGUAGUAGACGCUAACAAUCAUGAUAGCUUCCUGAAUUUGGAUCGCUUUGCCCAACGCCUCGUGGACAUUGUACCGUACGAAGUGUGCCUGCUAGUAACGAGCACGUCAACUGGGCCGACGUCGACAGAGAACAUCAAGCAGAUGGUGAAGUGGUGUGAAGAUACCGGCUUUGAAUUUAUAGAUUUGAAUCCAGUGAAAGUCUCAAAUGAAGAUAACGUUAUCAAUGAAAAACAGGGCAUUGAGCGGGUGCUAGAAGCGUUGCAGUGCAACAUGUGGAGAUCUAUGGAGAUGAACUCGGCAAAGGAAAAGAAUUCUACAUUACCAGCUUUGGACGAAGUGUCAGCGUCGACCGCUGAGAAAAGAUUAGAUAGCAGUAAAUCAAGCGAACAGGUCGACGCAGCGGAUGAUGGACAGUGUCAUGCCCUGUUGCAGGCUCUUAAGCUUGAUGGCAAAGUCUCAAGUUAUGAGAACGACGAUGUGGACAUGGCUCAGUUUAGUGCAAUGAUCGCAGAAGUUCGCAAUGUCCGUGACGAGUGUAAGUCUCUUUCAGAUGAAAAGCGACGAGAACGUGCUACUGAGGUGGCCAUGAAGCUUUGGAGCUAUCUGGGCACGGAUGACGAGAAUAGCGACUCAGAACAGACUGCGAGUGGUCAAAAUAAAGUUUAG